AUAUGGUUUCAAGCGACAGUUGGAGAAAGCUAUUACAGAGGUUCCAUCGCCAUUGAUGACAUUAUGCUUGAUGACUGUGAAUCUGUUGUCAACCAUAUUGCAAAAUUUUCAUGCAAUUUCGAGAAUGACAUUGCUGGGUGUGGUCUUUUCCAGAGAUAUGACGACGACCUAGAUUGGCUUUAUUUCAAUAACUAUGGUGUUCAUGGACUAUCGGAUUCUUCUACCUACAUGUAUGUUGAAGGUGGUGAAGAAGACAAAGCAUGUAUUCAAACACCACCCAUUAACUACAAUGGAAGUAUCAGCGUCGGCUUUAGCGUUCAUAUGAACUUCGACCCACAGCUAAACUUGCGGGUUUUCAUUCAAGAAGGAUGGAAUUACAAUAAAAAGAAACUGAUUUGGGAAAAAAAUGGAACUACACAAGGAUGGGAACAGGUUAACGUAAUGGAAGUGAACCCGUCAAUGACAAUGUUUGCGAUCUUAUUUGAAGCAGUACUUGGACCAUCAAGUUUAGGAGUAAUUGCUGUUGAUGACAUCAACAUAUAUCCGGAUAACACAUCAUUGAAAGAUGACAGAAAAUCGAAUUCCAUCAUUAUUACCGCAACAGUGGUGCCUUUGGUUGUCAUUUUUGCAAUUGCUAUACUUUUAGUCGUAUUCAGAAAGCCAUGGAUGAACAAGCCAAAAGAUGGUCCAAGAACAACCUCUACAAAAAAUGUCGACUCUGACGCUUACGCAAAUUAUGAGGAAGACGUAUAUGAGAAUGCUUAUACCUCACCUUUGUAGACAUGAUGAUGUAGACAAGAUGUAAAAGCUUAAGGAGCAAAUUGUACCAUUUAUAAAGUAUUUAACUAUAUAGGUCUAAAUAUUAUCUUCAAAACAUGUGAAAAUAGACAUUGAAUAGACAAUAGCUAAUAAAUGGUAGGUCCGCAAUUGUUGUUUAGUUAUUGCAAAUAUAAUAUAUAGCAUCAAUAAAAAUAUAAAUAAGUCCAAUUUUAUGGUUUUGAUUGAAGUAUCAUUUACAAUUUCUAUGGGAGCUAAAUAAUAGUAUAAGUAUAAUUUAUUCUCUAGGCCUAUAAACCAACAGUUUAAUAUCUAAUUAUCCAUGACCCAAAGUCUUAUUCUAGAAAAUGUGUGUUUUGCUGUUGCAUUAAAUAUUAGGAAAAGAAAAGA